CGAUUAUGGCGUGUUGCUGAACAACAUGUGAGUUUGGAUAUCCAAAAGCCGGAGAUUCAAUUCACUUUAAUUUUCCUAGACGUCUGAAACAACACCAAACAUGGCAUCAGUGGAGGAGGACUUCCCCCGAGGAGGGACAGCAAAGAAGCCCUCUGAGAGUAAAAUUGUGGUGCAGAGGAGCGAAGUGGAUAACCUGUUCCAGUCAAAGGAACAAACAGAAACUAAGAAAAGAAAGGGGGCAGUCAAAGAUGACGGCAAGAAGCUCAAGAAGCAAAAGACGGACAAAGAAAAAGAUGGUCUGUCUCUAAAUGCAGCAGCCAAGUGUGUGGAAAUCCUACAUAUCAAGAAUGUGAAGGAGGGUAUGCUGAUGCUGGGCUGUGUGAAGGAGGUUGCAGACUUUGAGGUGAUAGUCGGUCUGCCUUGUGGCCUGCAAGGUUACCUUAGCAUCAAGAACAUCAGCGACUCGUACGCCAAGCUGCUCAGUGAGCAGCUGGAUUCAGCUGACACAGAGGAGAUCUGCUCUCUGCCUCACCUCUUCUACCCCGGCAUGGUGUUAAGGUGUGUAGUUGCCAAAUUGGACAUAGCUAAAGGAGGCACUCUCAGCAUCCAGCUGUCAGUCAAUCCAAAGCUGGUCAACAAGGCUCUCACCUCAAGCGCUCUGAAAACUGGCAUGGUCUUAAGUGGAUGUGUGGAGAGUGUUGAGGAUCAUGGCUGCAUAGUUGACAUUGGCAUCAGUGGAUCCAAAGCCUUCCUGUCUGUGAAAGCAGUAAAAGACAAACAAAGCAACCCUGAAGAACUGAAAGUGGGCCAGUAUGUAACUGUUCAAGUGGAAGAAGUAAAGAACGAAGGGCGUGUGGUCCAGCUUUCUGUCAACCCCCAGACCAUCGCCCAGGCCUGUGCUGUACCCGAGCAAGGCUGGAACCUCACCAACCUUCUGCCUGGUCUUCUGGUCAAAGCUACGAUCAAAAAGGUGACCAAACAUGGUCUGAUCCUGGACUUCCUGUCUUCCUUUGGUGGCCAGGUGGACUUUCUCCACAUGGAACCAGAGCAGGCGUCCAACUAUACUGAGGGAACUGAGGUGCGAGCUUGUGUGCUCUACGUGGAGCCGUCCACGCGUUUAGUGGGCUUGAGUCUGCGCAGCUACCUCCUUCAGACCGGGAAAAGAGUUGACCCCAUUCCAACUGGUGGGGACCGCAUUGGGGAGGUGGUGAAGGACUGCAAGAUGCUCGCUAUACACCACAUGUCCGGAGGCAUUGUGGAAUUGCCUGGCAAAACAUUGGCAUUUGUACAUAGGAACCACCUGAAAGAGUCAAAGGAGCCAGCUAAUGAGAAUAGAGUCCUGGCAAUGCCUGAGCACACCUGCAGGAUACUGGACUUCAGCCCCAUGGACCAAAUUCAUUUUGCUACUCUGCGCAGGAGUAUGAUCGAGAAGCCUUUUUAUAGAUAUCAUGAUCUUCAGGCUGGUCAAGUUGUAGAGGGGACGGUAUCAGUCCUGCUGAAUCAUGGGAUGGUGGUGCAUCUGUCCGACCACAUUAAAGGUCUGGUGCCUCGGACCCACCUGUCUGACAUUAUCCUUAAGAACCCAGAGAAGAAAUACAUGGAGGGCAUGAAGGUCAAAUGUCGGGUGUUGUCGGUAGAUCCAGAGAAUAAGAAGCUGUACCUGACCAGAAAGAAGGCCCUGAUUGAGAGCUCCCUGCCAUUGUUCCUCAGCUAUACCGACGCUCGUCCUGGCUCCAUGUCCCACGGCUACAUCGUCUGCAUCAAAGGCUUUGGCUGCAUCAUUCGUUUCUACAAUAACGUCAAGGGUCUGGUGCCGCUCGGUGAACUCAGCUCUGAGCCCAUCAUGAGUCCUGAGGAGGUCUUCUAUGUUGGACAGGUGUUAAAGGCGAAAGUUCUUCAGUGUGACCCAGAGAAGUCAAAGAUGGUGCUGUCGUUUAAAGCUGCAGUGGAGGGAGAAACUGAGAAAGCUGCUAAGCCUCAGUUUGACUGUGAAGUGGGGACGAGUCUGGAGGCCAAGGUGCUGAAGAAGUUAGUCAACGGUCUGGAGGUAGCCAUCCUCCCUGAUGAGAUACGAGCUGUACUACCCACCAUGCACCUCUCUGAUCACAUGUCCAACUGCCCUCUGCUGUGGGAGAGCCUGCAAGAGGGAGACAAUGUCUCGAAGCUCAUCUGCUUCAGCAAGAACAAACAGAAUUUUAAUCUCACCAAGAAACCGACUGUGAGGUGGUCACUGGAGGAGGGAGUGGUCGCCAAGGAUUUCUCAGAGAUCACAGUUGGAAUGCAGCUGAUCGGCUGGGUCAAGAACAUCAUGUCCUACGGCGUCUUUGUAGAGUUCCCAUAUGGCCUUGUUGGACUUGCACCCAAGUCGGCCAUGACUGACAAGUUCAUCAGUGAUACGACACUCACCUUCCAGCUGGGCCAGACAGUCAUUGCUAAGGUGACCAACCUGGAUGAGGAAAAGCGACGUUUCCUCAUCACGCUGAAGACUUCAGAGGUUAUAUCUCCAGAGGGGGACGCCCAGACCAGACUCAUUAACGGUCUGCAGGAGAAAAGAGCUGUGACUGAAAUGUUGGCUAUGAGAGAUAACAGUGAUCUUCGCCAGCAGCUGGCUGCUCUGUCUGUUGGUCAGAAGCGGAAGCUGACGGUGGAUACUGUGACGGACAGCGGUGCGACGUUUACGUCUGAUGAUUUGGUCGGCGCUACCAUACAGGCCAGCAAGCACCAUGUCAUGGGCUUUAGCCUGACCCCAGGACAGAAGGUUACUGCGGUCAUCCUUCAUGUUGACAUCCUGUCUGCUUGUGUCCAUGUGUCCAUCCUUGCCAAGCUGGUGGGAAACAAGAAAUCUUUAAGUGAAGGAUCAAAAUACACAGCGAUGGUGCAGCACAUAGACAAAGACUUUGCCGUCAUCUCGCUGGAGGACACAGCACAGCUCACUGUGAUCCAAACCAGAAGUCACCUGAAUGAGGUAUUCCUGUCUGAGUCGGAGAAGCUGAAGGCGGGGAUGAGCUUGGCAGUUGAGGUUAUAGAGCCCAGCUGUGAGGAACUACAAGGGCUUCCUCUAGUGUCGUGGACGCGCACUGCACCGAAACGACAGCGCACAAACUCGGAAAACCAGUCGGGCUCCAAGGGUCACUGCUUCGGGGAAAUCCUGCAGGGGAAAGUGCGGACAGUGAAGCCUACCUGCGUUCAGGUCACGCUAGAGGAUGGGAGCACAGGCAGCGUGCACGUGUCUGAGGUGUUAGAGGAGACAAAGGUGUGUCAGGGGUCCUUCCCAACAUCCUCGGUGAAAGUAGGCAGUAUGGUCACCGCCAGGGUAAUUGGAGGACGAGAAGCCUCCAGUCACAGAUUCUUGCCAUUUUCCCAUCCCAGAUUUACCUACACCAUUCCUGAGCUCACACUUAUACCCAGCAAACUGGAGAAGAACGCAGAUUUCAAACCAGUUGCAGCAAAAGAAAAACUUAACAGCUAUAAAGUUGGUGAAGAAAUUACAUGCUUUGUAUCAAAGUACAAUCCAGAGAGGAAGUCUUUGGAGGUCACCACUGACCCCUGUAUUACUGGGAUGGUUGAACUUCUGGCCAUGAUCACUGAUCCUAAAGACGCCAGCCACCCAGAGAAACGGUACAAGCUGGGCCAAGCAGUCCGGGCCAAAGUGGUAGAAGUGAGCUCCAAACCUCAUCGCCUUGUGCUGUCACUCACAGGUGUCCAUAAACUGGAGAAAGGCAGCGUCAGUUUGGGGAUCGUGACUAAUAUUCAUCCACAGUUCGGCCUCCAGGUCAAACUUCCAUUUGGUGCCAUGGGGACUGUUGCUGUCACUGACCUGGCUGAUGCCUACAAGCCAAAACCUCUGGAUGCCUACAGCAAGGAUCAGCUGCUCAGGUGUUUCCUCUUAGGGAAUGAAAAUGGCAAGUGGCAGUUGUCUCUACGUGCAUCAAGGGUGAACCCAGAGCAGGCCAAGCCAGUGAAGGACCCAGAGGUUUUGUCUACAGACAAACUGGAGGCAGGCCAGACCAUCAGAGGCUACGUCAAGUCUGUGGGAGAGCAGGGCAUCUUCAUCAGAUUGUCCUGGCAAAUAACCGGAAGAGCCCAACUUCAGAAGUCCACCAAGUUCUUUGUUAGCAGCCACAAGGUCCUGUCUGAGCACCUGCCUCCCAACACCCUGCUCACCACCAAGAUCAUCAGUAUUGACAAAGAGGAGGGGUUUGUCAACCUCUCCCUGCUCCCCGAGGACACCGGGAAGCCAGACGUCCUUCCAGAGUCUCUCGGUCUGCCGCUGCGUCUGGUAGGAGAGGAGAAGAAGAAAUAUGAUCUUAAGAAGAAGAAGAAACGCACGCUGUCUGAGAGCGAACAGAAACAAGAAGAGUCCCAGGUCCCCAAGAAGAAGAAGAAAAAGACAAAGAAAGCAAAGACUGAUGAUAAUGACAGUGGAGUUGAGGUGUACUUCAGGGAAGAAGAGGAUAAGGAGGACGAAGGAGAACCCAAACCUGAUCCUGCAAAACAGGUCAUGCCCUGCUCAUCAGGACCAUCCAGACUGCAGGUGGCAGCAGGUUUCUCCUGGGAUGUUGGACUGAACUCCCUAAAGCCUGCCUCUGCAGCUCAGGACGGGGACUCCAGUGAUGGAGAGGACCAAGAAGGAAGCAGCAAACCCCAGAAGAAGUCCCGUCAUGAGUUGGAGCAGGAGAAAAAGGCAGCAGAGAAGGCGCUGGUACAGCGGGAGACUGAGCUCAUGGAUCCGAACGUGCGGCCCGAAGAUGCGGCUGCUUUCGAGCGCCUGCUCCUAGCCUCACCCAACAGCUCUCUGCUUUGGCUCCAGUACAUGGCUCACCAUCUGCAGGCCACACAGAUCGAGCAGGCCCGUGCUGUGGCUGAGAGGGCUCUCAAAACUAUUUCCUUCAGGGAGGAGCAGGAGAAACUGAAUGUGUGGGUGGCCCUGCUGAACCUAGAGAACAUGUACGGCACAGAGGAAACCCUGAAGAAAGUGUUUGAGCGGGCGCUGCAGUUCUGUGAGCCUAUGCCCGUCUACCAGCAGCUAGCUGACAUCUACGCCAAGUCCAGCAAGAUCAAGGAGGCGGAGGGCUUGUAUAAGACGAUGGUGAAGCGUUUCCGUCAGAAUAAAGCAGUGUGGCUGAGCUUCGGGUCCUUCCUGCUUCAGCAGGGUCAGAGCGAUGCUGCUAGUGCUCUCCUGCAGAGGGCACUGAAGAGUCUGCCCUCCAAAGAAAGUGUGGAUUUGAUCGCCAAGUUCGCUCAGCUGGAGUUCCGUUAUGGCGAUGCGGAGAAAGGUCGCACCAUGUUUGACAAAGUCCUGACAAACUAUCCGAAACGUACCGACCUCUGGUCUGUUUUCAUCGACCUCAUGGUCAAACAUGGAUCACAGAAGGAAGUCAGGGCGCUGUUUGAUCGUGUGAUCCACCUGAGCGUUUCAGUGAAAAAGAUCAAGUUCUUUUUCAAGCGCUACCUGGAGUAUGAGAAGAAGCACGGCACCCCACAGAGCAUCCAGGCAGUCAAAGAGAAGGCCAUGGAGUUUGUGGAAUCUAAAGGUACCGAGGCUGCAAACUGAAUUCGCCUCCUAAUCAAAAAUAAUCUCCUCAGUAGCUUCUAGUUUAGCUUUUUUUUUUUUAAGUGUCAUGAACUGGGAACAGUUGAACCUGAAACUCAGGGUUUGAUGCUCUAAUGUUGCAGAACACAACAAACCUUUGUAAAUCAUCUAUAAAAACAAACGUGUAUCCAACCUUUCAUCAGCUUACCUUUUAAUCCCUUUGUGUGUAAAUGAAUUUGAGCUACAAAGAGAAUGGUAAGUGUUGAUAUAUGAUGAUUAGUUUACUGUGUCUUUGAAUGGACUGUGAUAAGGAACUAAAAAGUUCCUUAUCAUACUUGUUGGAACAUUUUCUAUGAACUGACUGGUUGACCUUUCAAUAAAUCCAGCACCAUUACAAUA